CGUGAUACAAAACUAUCAUCAAUCCGUCAGCGGAAAUUGAGUACCGGCUUCCGGCAAUGAACAACAACACACAACCGUGAAAGACGAAAAGGAGAAACUACGCUUCAAACAAAAUCCACCCAUUGGAACCUCUCGGCUUUCGUUUGGCAUGCUCUGACUAAUCUCCAAUUUACAUCCCGAGAGUUGUCAGAUUAACGUGGCAUCUGUUCAGUGAACUGCUCAUUCUUGAGCCACUAAGAGCACCACAGCGUCGGUGCUCCUCGGCAAGCUGAGACAUCACCAUGGAAACCCAAACAGACGUUAUUCCUAUCUGGCAGAACAAGCCUCAUGGAUCCACUCGCAGUGUGGUGAGAAGAAUAGGGUCCACUCUCCCGCUCAAGCCCCCACAAAGGGCGUGUUUUCAGGAACUACCUGGCCUUUCCGCUCUUCGCCCUAUGGACGGCCCCAUGGUACCCACUUUGGCAGAUAUUGCCUGGAUUGUUGCAGAUGAAGAGGAGACGUAUGCCAGAGUGCGGAGUGACAGUCGCCCCCUCAAACACGAAUGGAGGCCCACGCCGCUCCUGGUGCUACACAGGAACUCAUCUGUGCCCAACUUCCGACGGGAGGGCAAGCGGGUGGAGGGCCUGAGGAAACCUGGGGUAACUGCACUAAACCGCACCACCGCCUUGCAGGAUGAGCUGAGCAGACUUCGGGCACAGAUUGCAAAGAUUGUGGCUGGUGAUACUGGUUCCAACCCCUUGACUCCUGACCUGCUCUCCCCCGAUGAUACCAGCAUGAGCUUUUCUAUGGCGCCCUUCGAGGCCGCCCCCUACCAGCCGGCGGCCACAGCGGCCGCCUCCUUCGUCAUCAGCGACGUCACCGAGGAAGACGAAGAAGAGUUGGAGGAGCAAGACGACGACGACGACAAGGACAUGGUGUCUGUGGUGUCGGAGCUGGUCCCCGACCCCCUGCCGCCGGUCUCCAUGACGGCGUCGGCCACCUUUGACCUUGACAGGCCCAGCAUGGACUACCGCGAGGCGGAGGAGGACACAGUGUCGCUGUCCAAGUCCACCAGUUUUGCCGACGUGAUGGACAUCUUGAAGGACAUGAACCGAAUGAAGAUGAAUAAAGACAGAUAUAACAGAGGCUGUACGUCCUUAAGAGAGGAGGACUCUGCUUCUCUGAUCUCCGAAGCUCUAAGGAAAAAGUUUGUCCUGAAAGAGGAAGACAGCGUCGCCGUGAAGCAGAAGUAGUUCACCCAGGCUUGCCGUUCCUGCUACUCCAUGCCUUUUCCCAAGAACUGCCAUGGACUACAGCCUUCCUCCUCAGACCUCAACGCAGUAGUUGCCUGCUGCCAGUUCGUAAACAAAUCUGUAUCAUAUAUCGCCUAUUUCUUGCUCCGUUUUUCAGAACAGUGACUCAACAUAUUGAUUCAACUGAGGAGUGAGCAGUGGUCCCCUUUAAGGAGCACUUUGUACCCAUCCAGCAUUGAAAAAGGAGGGUUUUUAAUUCGGAAAUUUUCCAGUUCUGUAUCAUACUUGAAAAACGUUUGCGAGUACACACAACAAGUUUAAAGUCAAUGUACACAUUUAGCCUAUGUUGUCUAAAGCAGGGGUGGGAAACCUUUGAGCCUCAAUCAACCCACUAGAUUCACUUACACAUUGGGGAGUCCACAAAAUAAUUUGCAAUCACCUAUUAUAUAGUAUAACUUUUUUUU